UAAUGGUUAAGGCGUGAAGCUAUUUUAAUCCCAUAAGGGGGGUUUAGGAUUAGGGAUAGAGAGAGAGAGAGAGAGAGAGAGAGAGAGAGAUGGGAAGAGAGACAACGGAAUCGCCUGAAUCAUCUCCGACGGAGAGCAGAAGCAGUUCUUGCAGUGAGGCUCAUCAUACUUGUUGCAACGAGAGAGUGGGAUUGCAUAUUCCCAAGGCUGUAAUCGACGAUAUCAUUGCCGACAAGCUCGAUGUCCAACUCCUCAGUUCUUUUAAUCCUUUCAUCAUUGCUGAUUUGAGUUUUUCAGUUGGACCUAAUAGGUUCCAGGUAGUGAAGAACAUAAUGGAAGCUGUAGAACUCAAGUACCUAUUUCAAGGCCUUGGUUCUUGUAUGCCUGAAUUUCAAAUGUACUUUAGUGAUCACUUCUCUAACGAUUUCAACAUGCUCUUCAAAUCCUUCCCUCCCAACAAGCGUUAUUUUGCAGCCGGCAUGCCUGGUUCAUUUUAUGGCCGCUUAUUUCCCAAGGCCUCUCUUCAUUUUGUGCACUCUUCUUAUGCCCUACAUUUUCUGUCUAGAGUUCCAACAGAGCUUGAAGAUGAGACCUGUCUUGCAUGGAACAGGGGAAGGAUACACUAUACAAGUUCCCAAAGAGAAGUGGUAGAGGCCUAUUCAGUUCAAUAUGCCAAGGACAUGGAUUCCUUCUUACAUGCUAGGGCCCAAGAGAUUGUAUGUGGAGGUUUGAUGGCCCUUCUCAUCCCAAGUCUUCCAGAUGAGAACCACCCUUCCCAAUCAAGGCUCAUCACUCUCUUUGAACUCUUGGAGUCUAGCCUCAAGGAUAUGAUCAAUAUGGGAUUCUCCAGUGAAGCUCAAGUGGACUCCUUCAAUAUGCCUGUCUACCAACCAUCUACACAAGAGUUAGAGGGAUUGAUAGAGAGAAAUGGGAGUUUCAGGAUUGAGAAAAUGGAAAUAUUGGAUCGUUCAAUGAGUCACUUAAUCGAAAUAGAAAAAUGUAUCACCUUGCAGAUGAGACCUAGUUUGGAGGAACUCAUCAGAAGACACUUUGGAAGUGAAAUCAUAGAUGCAUUGUUCGAUCAAUUUGAUAAAAGAGUUGCUGAAUCUUCCAUUCCUUCAGAUCUAAACUGCAAAACAAUAGGUGAAUUAUUUAUCCUUCUAAAACGCAAUUCUGACCAAUCAGAAGAUUCAUAGCUUCAAUUAGUUCUCAAAUUGGUUGAUAUUAAUUCCACCUUUCAACAGAUUUUCCUACAAAUGAUCUGAAAUUUCUGAAUUUCAGAUUAGGUAGCUCCAGUACCAUUACAAUGUUAAUAGUAUGACCCUCUACUUGUACAAUUAGAGUUGACCAUCCUUUUUUUAUGGUGGGCUGUGAAAACCCAAUUAAAAAGUUGAGUAGGUGAGAAAGCCAUUCAAACACAUAAUCAGUGAAAUAUA